UCCUUUCCUUGAUCCUCUUUCUUUCAGAGUUCAGACUCUUUCCUUUAAAAAACGACAAACUUUCAUCCCUUCUGCAUCCAAGUGUUAUACUUUGGCUGCUUCUCCUUUCUCUCUUCACAUUUUAAUGCAUAUUCUUCCCUUGACCUCUCGUUUUUUCUGAUUCAAAGCUUUGUGGAAUAGUCAUCAAUUUGCAUAGCCUUCUUGAAUUCUCAUCUGGGUUCAUUCCUUUUUCAUGCUUUGAAUUAAUCACUUUCAAGUAGUCGUGUGAUACCUCGUAAAAAUCUCUUUUUUUUGUAAUCAUGGGUUGUUGUGUAAGUAAAAAAGGAUCAGAGCCAGAACACAUUGGUCACAGGCAUGGUGGUGUGCACGAUCACAAGACUCAUGAGAACCAAUCAAAUGUUCCUUCUCAUCAACCUUACAAAUUACCAGAGAAACAUGCUGCUGCAGCACCUCAAGCACCUUGGAAUCCCACUGUUCUUGCUCCAAGUCCAAAACCUGUUCUCAAAUCAGACACAAUUACUGGGAAACCUUUUGAGGAUGUUAGAAAGUUAUAUACACUUGGGAAGGAAUUGGGUAGAGGCCAAUUUGGAGUGACUUAUCUUUGUACUGAGAAUUCAACUGGCUUGCAAUAUGCUUGCAAGUCCAUUUCAAAGAGGAAGCUUGUUAGCAAAUCUGAUAGGGAGGACAUAAAGAGGGAGAUUCAAAUUAUGCAGCAUUUGAGUGGACAACCUAACAUUGUGGAGUUCAAAGGUGCUUAUGAAGAUAAGCACUCAGUUCAUGUUGUUAUGGAGCUGUGUGCGGGUGGUGAACUUUUUGAUAGGAUUAUUGCCAAGGGACACUAUAGUGAAAGAGCUGCAGCUUCAAUAUGUAGACAAAUUGUUAAUGUUGUUCACAUUUGUCAUUUCAUGGGGGUGAUGCAUAGGGAUUUGAAGCCAGAGAAUUUCUUGUUAUCUAGUAAGGAUGAAAAGGCACUUCUCAAGGCCACAGAUUUUGGCUUGUCAGUCUUCAUUGAAGAAGGAAAGGUGUAUCGAGAGAUAGUUGGCAGUGCUUACUAUGUUGCUCCGGAAGUUCUAGGUCGUAGCUAUGGGAAGGAAAUAGAUAUAUGGAGUGCAGGAGUUAUAUUAUAUAUCUUACUUAGUGGUGUACCUCCAUUCUGGGCAGAGACCGAAAAAGGAAUAUUUAAUGCCAUAUUGCAAGGUCAUAUUGAUUUUGAAAGUCAUCCAUGGCCAAGCAUAUCAAACAGUGCUAAGGACCUUGUUCGCAAGAUGCUUAUAAAGGAUCCAAAGAAACGCAUUACUUCUGCUCAGGUUCUAGAGCACCCAUGGCUUAAAGAAGGUGGAAAUGCUUCUGACAAACCAAUAGACAGUGCAGUGCUUUCCAGAAUGAAGCAAUUCAGAGCAAUGAAUAAACUAAAAAAACUUGCCCUCAAGGUCAUUGCUGAAAAUCUUUCUGAAGAAGAGAUCCAAGGUUUGAAGGCAAUGUUUACAAAUAUGGACACUGACAAAAGUGGUACAAUCACCUAUGAGGAACUGAAGGCAGGAUUGCAAAGACUUGGCUCAAAGCUUACUGAAGCUGAAGUGAAGCAGCUUAUGGAAGCCGCUGAUGUAGAUGGAAAUGGCACAAUUGACUACAUAGAAUUCAUCACUGCUACAAUGCAUAGAUACAGGUUGGAAAGAGAUGAGCAUCUUUACAAGGCCUUCCAAUAUUUUGAUAAAGAUGGAAGCGGGUAUAUUACAAAAGAUGAAUUGGAAACAGCCAUGAAGGAGUAUGGGAUGGGUGAUGAAGCUACAAUCAAGGAGAUUAUAUCUGAAGUUGACACAGAUAAUGAUGGUAGAAUCAACUAUGAAGAAUUUUGUACAAUGAUGAGGAGUGGAACCCAACAAGGCAAACUAUUCUAGAUCACAUUAUGUCACUCGAUUGAGUGUCAUGUAAAGCUUAUGUAGUUUAUAUUUAUUCGAGUUUAAUGCUCCGCGUGACUAGUUGUCAACUCUUAUAUUUCUUUUUCACUUUAAAGUCUAUUUUUGAGUUCACUUGUAAUUUAUUUUGAACACUAAUGAAUAAGGGACUCACCUAGGAAGGUGCUUUUCUAAGUUAUAUUAAGUCAUUUUUUCG